AUUUGUCUUUAUGAUUUGGUCUAAAGGCGGAAAUGUGUGUUAUUUAUGUGUUAACAUGGAGUCUGCUUUCACUCUCACUCUCACGGUUACCUUCUAACAGUAACUUCUGGAAUGUCACUGACGGUCGGACAUGAAAAACAAGUUGACUUUUCGACUUUAGCUCCCGUUUUAAGUUGUGCGCGCGACACCGGUAAAGUUCCGCACGCGCACUAAGGGAUGGACCGGACACGGUGCGUGUGUGUGUGUCUGCUUAUAUGUCUAAGUGGACCGUGUUUACAGUGUGAAGGAGGGAGCUCUGUCACACUUCCAGAGUCUCUGCUCUUUGUCUCAACACUAGAUGGGAGUCUGCACGCCAUUAGCAAACAAACUGGAGACAUCAAAUGGACUCUGAAGGAAGAUCCAAUCAUCCAGGUUCCAGUUUACCUGCAGGAACCAGGUUUCCUUCCCGACCCCAAUGACGGCAGCCUGUACGUGUUGGGAGAUAAACACAAACAGGGUCUAAUGAAACUUCCCUUCACUAUUCCAGAGUUGGUUCAGUCAUCUCCCUGUAGAAGCUCAGAUGGCAUCCUGUACACUGGUAAAAAACAAGACACAUGGUUUGUAGUGGAUCCUCAGACAGGUGAGAAACAGACGAGUUUAAGUACCGCGUCCUCUGAUUCCAUCUGUCCAUCGGCUCCUCUCCUCUACAUCGGACGCACAGAGUACAUGAUCACCAUGUUUGACACCAAGACUCAGGAGCUGCGCUGGAACGCGACCUAUAAUGAUUAUUCAGCUCCACUGUACGAUGACCAAAAAUACGAUUACAAGAUGUCCCACUUUGUCUCGAGUAGUGAUGGUCUGGUGGUGACGGUGGACCGCGACUCAGGUGACAUGCUGUGGAUGCAGAAGUUUGAGUCCCCUGUAGCCGGAGUCUACCUGUGGAUUCAGGACGGUCUGCGGCGAGUGCCUCACCUCACCGUCGCUACGGAAACACUGCGAUAUCUCACAUUCAUGGCACAUAAUACACACUCACACCCCAUGAGGUGGACCUACCAGUUUACACAGGAGCAGCACAGCACCAAGACACAGCUUGUUCCCUCUCUGUAUGUGGGGAAAAUGAACUCUCACCUGUACGCCUCCACCUCUCUCGUCCAUGAAGGAGUCGCUGUAGUGCCUCACAGCCUCAGACUGGCACGUAUCGAAGGGCCAACCACGACGGGCGUGACGGUGGGGAAUGGGCGGAGCGAGUGUGAGAUCACACCCAGCACUGACGUCAAGGUUCCACCAGGAAGCACCAACCCACUGCAGAACCAGUGGCUGCUGAUAGGUCAUCAUGAAGUUCCCCCUGUAGCCCACACCACCAUGCUAAGAGACUUCCCAGAGAACCUGCAACGUUCUGGUGACAUCAUCCCUCCUCGAGGUUCCUCCUCCUCAUACAGACCAGGAGCUCCUCCAAUGCCUCCAUUAACACAUGAACGUUCCUACACAACGUUGCCUGCCUCUUUGACCUCUGACCCUGUCACCUCAUUCCUGGUCACACUGCUGCUUGCCACACUGCUAGCUUUCUUGUUCACCUACAAGCGCCACAACAUAAAAAUGCAGAGAUCAGAAGAAAUGAUGAAGUCACGACCUUUAAUAGAUAACACCAGUCAGACAAGUCAGGUUUUGCCCACAGGAAAUGACAUCAUCGCUUCAUCGUCAACUCACAGCGACGGCAGUCAGUCAGACCACAGCAGCUCGGUCUCGUCCAAUCAAACCCGGCCUCGCUCAGACACUCAGGACUCCGUCAUAAAGACUACGUCUAAUCUAUCAGGAGAGUCUGAGGCCAUGAAGCCUGAUGUGAUGGAAGUGGGUAAGAUUUCCUUCAUCCCUACUGAAGUCCUGGGACACGGUACAGAGGGAACGUUUGUCUUCAGAGGUCACUUUGAUGGGCGACAUGUCGCAGUCAAGCGUAUCCUACCUGAGUGUGUGGAGUUUGCUGAGCGUGAGGUUCAGUUGCUGCGUGAAUCAGAUGAACAUCCUAACGUCAUCCGUUAUUUCUGCACAGAGCGAGACCGCCAGUUCAUCUACAUCGCCAUCGAGCUGUGUGCUGCUACCUUACAGCAGUAUGUUGAGGACCUGAGCUGUCUAAAUUCACAACUGGACCCUGUGACUCUGCUGGAGCAGACGAUGUGUGGACUCCAUCAUCUUCACUCCCUCAACAUCGUUCAUAGAGACUUGAAGCCUCGUAAUAUCCUCCUCUCGACGCCCGGAGCUCUCGGGCGAGUGCGAGCCGUGAUCUCCGAUUUCGGAUUGUGUAAAAAACUUCCAGACGGCCGGCAUAGUUUCAGCCUGCGCUCCGGAAUCCCGGGAACAGAAGGCUGGAUCGCUCCGGAAUUACUCCUGGGUGACGGGAGGGGAAACCCUACGAGUGCAGUGGACAUUUUCUCAGCAGGCUGUUUGUUUUAUUACGUCGUAUCGAGAGGACAGCAUCCGUUCGGGGACACGUUACGUCGCCAAGCUAACAUACUCUGUGGAGCCUACAGUCUGGAGAACUUCAUGGAGGAUAUACACGAGGACGUCAUUGCCAGAGAUUUGAUUGAGAUGAUGAUCAGUGCAGAUCCGGAGUCCCGCCCCUCCACCGCCUCCGUACUAAAACAUCCGUUUUUUUGGAGGCCGGAAAAACAACUGCAAUUCUUUCAGGAUGUCAGUGAUCGUAUUGAAAAGGAGCCAGCAGAGAGCCUUAUUGUGGUUCGUUUAGAGACGUCGAGUCGACCGGUGGUCAGAACCAACUGGAGAAUGCACAUCUCAGCGCCCCUACAGGCCGAUCUGAGGAGAUUCCGCACGUAUAAAGGGAACUCAGUCCGAGACCUGCUCAGAGCCAUGAGAAACAAAAAACAUCAUUAUCAUGAACUCCCAGCUGAGGUUCAGGCGGCGCUCGGUGAAGUCCCAGAAGGCUUUGUGGCGUAUUUCACCUCCCGUUUCCCGCGGUUACUGCUGCACACACACACUGCGCUGAGCAUCUGCGCUUCUGAGAGACCGUUCCACCCUUAUUACCACAACUAACACACACACACUGAAGUCAUCCCCACACGUGCUGCAGGUGAAGCAGAUGUGAAGCAGAACACAACGUGAGGACUUCGGUGUAAUGACACUGUGUCCUGAGUCGUGGAGCCAGAAGACUUCCAGGCAAAAGUUUUAGCGCCGUUGUUUCCUGUGGAGCUGCUGAUGUGACCAGCGUCCGGCUUUUUAGUAUUUUUUUUAUACGACAGUCCUGAUUCCUGAUCCAUGAACUACUGGUGCAGUGGAUCGGGUGACGUUAUUAAGCCUUAAUGAGCUAUGAAGUGAACAAUAUGUAGCUUCAGCUGCUGUUGUUGUUUAACAGGAGUGUGUGCUGUGUUCCUCCACCCUAAUCACCAUGGAAACGGAUCUCUGAGGGUUUAAACCCUAAAUCCCUGAUGUUUAAAUCAGUGCUAGACCAAAACCUCGACUGUAAGGUCAAACUGGACACAAAAAAAUCCAGCUGUAAAUCCGUCUCCAGGUUUUUACAUCUACACAAACCUCCAUCCAUCAGUUUAUAGCAUUUUAUUUAUUUAGUCUACGCUGAUAGGUUCAUAACGUUUACUUCAGUAUUUCACACACACUGUUUUAAAGGAAACCAAGUCCAUACAUUUAUAAAAAAAUAAACAAGAUGAGCUGGAAUCAGGACUAAAGUAAUGGCACCCUGUAAAAGGAAGGUGUGAGUGUGAUGUUUGACAUGCUGCAGUGGUGAGAUUAGUAGAAGCUCUUUUACGUUGUGGGCGUGGCUAAUUGUGUCAUGAACACACUUGGUAAUUUAAUACUGAAUGAAUUUCAUCAUGUUCACACACGUUAUAAAUCCGGUUGGAUUUUUAAGCUCCAUUUGACCAGGAAACCAUUCGCACCCCAUUUUAUUAAAGAAGAGUAAGAGCGGCUCGGUGCGAACAGAGUAAAUGAGUUGUGUUACGAUGGUGAUCCCCAGCGCUCCACGAGGUGAGAGACAGCACAGUUCUGCUCAUGUGGAGUUCUGAUCAUGUGGAGCUCUGACCACAUGGAGUUCUGACCAUGUGGAGCUCUGAUCACAUGGAGCUCCGACCAUACUUCACUGCACAAACUUCAAGCUUCUAAAAACAUUCACAAACCUUUACUUUAAAUCCAGAUCUGCACAGUGCACCUCUAGGAGAUUUUGUUUCCUGUUGGUCUAACAGAUAAACUGCAUCAUUUCCAGUUUCUUGCAUAAGUAUUUACUCCCCUGAACGUUUCUACAUCCUGUGGUGUUACGACCUGGAGGUGUGAAGCAUGGUGAUGUGAGCGUCCUGUUGGGGUUAAACGUAGCUCACCGCUACGGUUACAUUUUAUUAACUGGCACAAACAUGAAAAGUUCUUUAACAAGACACUGUAGCUAACACACAUGGUUUUCAUAUAGUCUUAACUUAUUUUUAAACAUCUCAGAACUUCAUGUGCAGAUAUUAAAAUUGCUCAGUAUUUUUUAUCGAUUUUUGUUUAAGCAUUUUUACAAGCAAGUUGUUACAGGAAACACUUGGUCAAGUUUUAAAAGCUACAUAUACCAAGAUGUAGAUGUUCAGUUUGUCCUUCCACUGCGUUCUCUACAAAUCCCUCACAGUAAGAAUCACAAGAGUUAAAGUUCUACAGAUUUUAAACAACCUGAAGUCUAGAAGCUUCCUCUUACAGUCAAGACUUUCUACAGAAAGGGAAGGAGAGUUGGCUGUAAGUCACCGGUGUUUACAUCACUCUGGGUUUAUCUCAGUUACAUGAAGUUUUUUUUAUCAUCAUCAUCAUCAUCAUCAAUGCCAUGGAGAGAUUUCUUCUUGCUGGAAAAUAAAUCUUACCAUCUUUGAAGUCUU